UUCUUCCUCUCUCCAAAUAUUUUAAGAGAUAGAAAGAGAUAUAUAGACGGGGAGAAGAGUAAAUUUUUGGGCAUAUAUAGUACCAAAUUUUAACCAUGAUAUCACUAAUCUUAACAUAUAUCCAUACCCACUUGCCCUCGCACACGCAGCAGCACCACUCAAUUCGUACAAUUCUCUCAAGUAUAAAUUAGAGGGGAGGCCAAACCAAAACUAGAUUUAUUUCAUAACCUUAAUUACUAGUUGGUCUUUCUUUCUAGUUUAUGGCAAUUGCAGCAACCAUGAGCCACAACACAAACAACGAGCAAAACAACAACAAUAACGAUUGCAACAGCAACAGCAACAACAAAGAUGAUGACCAUGAGCAUGACAUGGUUAUGCCAGGAUUUCGUUUCCAUCCAACUGAAGAAGAACUUGUCGAGUUCUACCUUCGCCGUAAGGUUGAGGGCAAACGCUUCAAUGUGGAACUCAUUACUUUCUUAGAUCUUUAUCGCUAUGAUCCUUGGGAACUUCCUGCUUUAGCAGCUAUUGGAGAGAAAGAAUGGUUCUUCUAUGUCCCUAGAGACAGGAAAUAUCGAAACGGGGAUCGACCCAAUCGUGUGACUACUUCUGGCUACUGGAAGGCAACAGGAGCUGACCGGAUGAUCCGAACUGAGAAUUCAAGAUCAAUUGGUUUAAAGAAAACCCUAGUUUUCUACUCCGGGAAAGCUCCUAAAGGAAUCCGAACUAGUUGGAUCAUGAAUGAAUACCGGUUGCCACACCAUGAAACUGAACGAUACCAAAAGGUUGAAAUAUCACUUUGCCGCGUCUACAAGAGAGCUGGAGUAGAAGAUCAUCCGUCCCUCCCUCGUUCACUUCCAUCACGGGCAUCCUCAUCGAGGGGGCCUCAAUCUGACAAGAAACACCAAAGUCAUCUCACGUUGGAAAGAUUUCAACCUUUUGUAGGACAAUCAUCACAACAAAUUGAAAUGGAAAAGAUGAGUGAAACAGAUGCAAGCAGCAGCUCAGAUGUCACAACUGCUCUUGGACUCUCCAAGCAUAACAGUAACGCAUACCAUCCAACCCCUCCAAUUAGCAACUCACUUGGACUUCCAGCUUCAGUAGGAGAAGGAAUGUUUCUAAACCUGCCCAAGCAAGCUUCCAGCUCUUUAUUCCCUAGUUUCACUAAUCUAUUCUCUGUUACAUCCUCCGUAUCGUCGAGUCCAGUAGAUGAUCUGCAUAGACUACUUAACUACCAACAAGCUAGCAUUAAUCAUCAUCAUCAGCAGCAGCAGCAGCAACAAUUUUAUCUUCUUCAACAACCACAACACCAAUCCUCACAGCUUUCUAGUAUGACACCACAAACAUCGCAGCAGCUGCCUCUCAACAUGCUACCAGAAUUGCUACCACCCACCUUUCCAGACAGACUAUGGGAGUGGAAUCAAAUGCCAGAAGGAAAUAGAGACUUCAAUAACGCAUUCAAGUAACCAAUGGAGUGCACAUAUAUAGGGUUUAAAUGGUGGUGCACGUACUUUGAUUACUUGAAGUGAAUUUUGUUUGGCCUGGCUACAAAGUUUGUGUCUAAAGAUUGAGAUUGGUGGCUUUAAAAAUACCCAGGCUGUGUCUAAAGAUUGAGAUUGGGGGCCUCUCUCUAUUCAUUUUCUUUUUAAUUGUCCCUAGCAAGUGUAAAAACUAAACAAUGUUUACUGUUUGUAGAAGGAAACACUAUUUAGACUGGUAAAUUUCCUUCCCCAAAAUUUCUUGUAAUGGUCCUCACAAAUGUGUUAGCCUACAACAUUGAAGAGUUUAACUAAUAGAAAAGGAUUCCUCUCUCUCUCUAAAA